AUGGACGACGAGGACACAGAAUCAUACAGAAGCGCAGACGUUGCCACAUUGCCUGAUUCACAGGCCUCUCCUGACUCUGACAGCAUGGAUGAUACCAGUGACUUUACCCAAUUAUACGACUCACGUCCAGUAUCUCCAGAGUACUCAGGGACAGCAGAGACAGCAGGGAUUGCUUUGGUGCAGCGCAGCGCAGCGCAGCGAGGUCCGACCUGGCGUCGGCCCCUUUCGGCAGCCAUUACUCAACAAUCCUUCGUUGAUUUCCUGCGUAUCACAGAGGUGCCGCUCUGGGCAGUCGUUGAUUUUGGCACGCAUCACUACUUCCAGCAAUACACAUCUUCUGGAGCAGACAGGACAUCAGAACUUACGCAAUUGCUGUCUGAAAUUCGGGGAUAUGACAUGUCAGCUACAAUUGAGUUCUUUCUUCUCUUCCUUGAAGGGGAUCACCUGGAAACAUUCUAUGAAGAUCUGUGCUUGCAGAUCUACUGGUCUCUUCGCGGGGGAUCAAAAGGUCAGGGCCUCCUGGAAUCGUUCCUUUAUACCACCACGGGUAGUCAUAUUGAUUCCACAUAUGAUCCGGAAGCACGACCAACAAGAGCAGCUGACACCGUGCAGGCGAUUAUUGAUGUUCUUGACUCGCCAGUAUCCUCCCCGAAUGUACAUGGUGGUACAAUCUCGCAGGUUUCGAUGGAUGGACAUACAGAACUCUCUUCGCCCCUUGCAGAUUGCGCGUCCAGCGCGCCAGGAGAUACAGCAGAUGAUCUUUCCUCGGAAAUUGAGACACAGUCUCUCAUUCAGGGAGUGGCGCUCAGAUCAGACAUCACUCAGUACCUGCAAAGACAGCCUUCAGAGACGCUCGAUGAUGGUCAGCUGGCUUUGUAUCUGCAGUUUCGGGGUAUCUCCUUUGACGUUGUUAUGGACUGGGGAACCUUCUUUUAUCUCAGGCAAUAUGAGUAUGACGAUGAAGCCCAGAGCAGGGAGAUCACGCAACAUCUUCACGAUGAACUUGCGUCCGAGAAUAUCCACGAAGCUUUGUGCUUUUUCCGCUACAUGCUUGAGGGCCAAGAUAAAGAACAAUUUUAUGUGGAGAUUUACAAACAAGUUAUCUAUCGCAUACGGUCCCAUCCACGACCACCUUUCUUUGCGGAUGCCCUGCGUGCAGACGCCGCCCGUGAACCCCUGGUGUACCGCCUCAGUGGCACAUGGGCAGCUUCUCUCGUGAUGGCAGAGAAGAGGACGUUUGAUGCUGCAUUCGAAGGGCAUCUUGCUCAUGUUGUGCAUCAGAAUUCUACGAGCAACUCAAAGCAGCCAUGGGAGAGAAGCAUUGUGAAUGUGCCGAGUGUAUUGCCGAAAGCUUUCUUGGGAAGGGGGCGUCUUGGGAAUGUGCUUACUCAUACGGCUGCUGCUCCUGUGAAAGCUCCGAGUGGCCCGUCGGCUAUAAAUCUGACUGCUACUGGAGGCAAGCUGCCACGGAAGGUUGGACCUUCCUGGAUUCAGAGACAAUCGGAUAACAGACAUGCGGCUGUCAUGAAGUGGCUUCGGAUUGCUAAAGAGGGUGGCGACUUCUUUGGGGUCUGUGCUAGAGUGGCGGAAGAUGCUGAAGCUGGAUUGCCAGCCUCACUGCAGGAGUCUCUAGGAGAUGUUUUCUCACUCAAGGCGAGCAGUACGCUUCACAGCAGGGCUGGCCCGGUCCUGAGAUACAUGGCAUUCUGCUGGCGCAUCAGAGAGCAGCCUUUCCCUUUGUCCGAGCAGAAGAUGUAUCGCUUCGUCAAGGAAUACUGCAGUGGGGCUGCGCCUACCUUUGCCUCCAGCUUUAUGAGUUCCAUUGGCUUCAUGCAAUAUGUCUUGGAGGCGAAGGUCCCGGCCGAUUGUGUUAGCAGCCGGCUGGCUGGCGCAGUUUCGAAGCUCUACUUGGAGAAGAGAAAGCUGCAACAGAAGCCGCCGCUGACGGCUUCACAGAUUCGGGCUUUGGAGCGAAUUGUGCUGGGACUUAUACCUGAAGUCCGUGCGGAUGUCGAUAAAUACGCGGCAGGGUGCUUUUUGUAUUGUGUGUUUGCAAGAGCCCGCUAUUCGGACAUGCAGUGUUCUGGUGAGCUGGCGAAAGACAUCGUGCAAGGUGAGCGCGGACCGCGUGGGUACCUUGAAGCGAGGGUCACCAGGAGUAAAACGAGUCACAACUUGGAGCGUAAGACCCGAUAUCUUGCUAUGGUCAGUCCGAUAUGGGGCCUUGAGCAGGAUUCUUGGGCGUUGGCUUGGUUGGAGGUGGCUGGCAGGGCGGGGCCCGCAUGGGGGCCUGACAUGCCCCUGCUACCGUCCCCCACCGACGGUGGCCAAUGGCAGAAGGCGCCUAUGUCUGCGCAGGCUGGAGCGCGGUGGCUUCGCCACCUUCUCUAUCGUGCAGGCGAGGAUGUCGCAUCGGUCAAGGCCGUGGGCACUCACUCCUGCAAAGCUACGCUUUUAUCUUGGAUGUCCAAGUGGGGAGCUAGUAAGGAGAUCAGGUCGAUACUCGGAUAUCAUUCUAGUGCCAACGCCGGCACGGAUGUGAUCUACGCGAGGGACAGCGUUUCCCCUGCAUUGCGUGAGCUGGAGGAAAUGGUUUCUGCGGUCGCUUACAGGCGCUUCUUCCCGGACGCCACGCGCUCGGGCAUGUUUGCGGAGUCUUUGGCUGCCAGGGGAGAUGCUCAUGACAAGGCCGAGGUCGGUUCAGAUUCUUCUUCCGACAGGAGCGAUGACGAGGAGGAGCCGGACACUCUCGAGGAGGAGAAGGUGGUUGAGGACAGUGUCGGCGAUUUUGAGCCGAGCGGUUGCCUUCGAGAAAGCCUGGAGGGCAAGGCGGUUUUUCGGCAUGUCACCACCCGCUUCAUACACUUAGUCGCUUCUGAGGAGGGCACAACUUUUAAGUGUGGCAGGCAGAUCACAUCGUCUUACUUGGAGUGCAGUGCGAUACCCAGGUUUUUGCAUCCGAUCUGCCGGCAGUGCUUUCCAGAGGCGAGGUGA